ACUAAAAAUGCUUAUUUUUAAACUAAAUUAUUGUUAAUUUCAUGUUUGAGGACCAGACGUAAAAAAAGUCUGAAAAAAAAAAUUCAGGUUUAAAUAAACUAUUAAAUGGUAACAGGAAAAUCACACAAAUAGUAUAUUAUUCAGAAAUACAAACUACUAAGAAGAAAUCAGGAACAAGAAUCAAUUCAGUAAGCAGUCUGAGUCGCCGCGUUAAUGGCUACCACUCCCGCCAAUCAGGAGUGAGCGUGUUGGAAGUUCACACCUCUUCCACUUGAAAGCAAGCUAAGGAGAAUCUGUCAAUCAAAGAUUUGAAUGUUCAGCAAGAGACCACCCACUUUUAUUGAGGCAUCUGAUUGGUCAAUUUAUACCUCGAAUGACUUGCAUUACAGAAAAAUACUGUAAAAAAGAAUACAGGACUAUCAAGAAUAAGUAAAAAAAGGUUAUUUCUGACAAAUAGAAUGACUUCUAUAGAAGUUUAUGGGAUUUUGGCUUCUGUUUUGGAACCAGCAGGUACUUCAUGUUUGGAACGUGAGGGAGGAGGAGUCACUCGGUCCAGUUUUCAUAUACCGUCAAUAUUCUUAGCUAAAAAUGGUCUUUGUUGCAGGAUCAAAGUUUAAUUCUAUUUCUGUUGUGUGGAUGUUUAGCCUACAUAUGGCUAUAUAGAGUAUAUGUGUAUUUCUUUUUCUUUUUUAAGUCUCUUUUAAAAACGUAUCUUUUUUACCAGGCUUUUAGCUCCAGUGAGCAGAUAGUGUACCAGCUUGUUUCUGGUUUUUAUUGUAUCUUAUUGCUUCAUUGCUUUUAUUGUUUUAUUGGUUUUACUGUUUCUCAUAUUUUAUUGUUUAUUGCUUUUAUUUAUGUGUUCAGCACUUUGGUUGCUUCUGUUUUUAUAAGUGCUCACAAAUAAUACAUUGAUUGAUUGAUUCUCAUCUUUAAUUUUUUCUUUUCCAAUCAACUCAUGACUAAUAAUUCUGAUAAAGUUUGAUAAAUCUCUAUAUGUAUUUUCUGAAUUGAUUUCUUUAGUUUUUUUUUAAUCUUUUUUUUUCUUUGGUUGCUUGAAAAAUAAAAAUAUUCUACCAACUGCUGUGUUUUGAUCAAAAAGCUCAUUGACUAAAAUAAAACCCAAAACAAACUGUUGCAUAAAACUGCCUUUCUGGACAUUUGAUGAUGUUAUUGUGUCUCUUUGAAGGAAAAUGAUGGACUCUGGGCAGAUAGAUUUCUACCAGCAUGACUACAUGUGCAGCAACACCUGCCGCAGCACUAAAUUUGAGGUCCUGAUCAACGGCACACGGCCCUCUCCGGGGACCUCCGUGCAGCCGGGCUUGUCCCAUGUGGCCCCUGAGCCCUCUGGAGGACAGGUGCCGCCCACGACGGGGAUGGUGUAUGAUUCUGCAGAGGAGCGUUUGGAGAAUGAGAGCAGAGCAGCAGCAGGCUGGAGUAAUGGUCUGCCACGGCUUGUAAAUUUCACAACAUCCAGUUGGCAUUCUCUCAAGAGAAAGAGAGCGGACACACCUGACGGAGUGCUGCGUCUGUGGAAGGGUGUGGCAGACUCAGGCCUGAUGGGGGAAGUGCUUUCAAGUCUCCAGAGGGAACUUUUAAGGGCUCUCCAAAGCGUGGAGCUUUGCAGAGAAAAGGUGGACCUGCAGGAGACAGAGGCUUUCAUGUUGAAUUCCCUGUGUGAGAUGUUUGGGCUUUUGGACUCGGUGAAACAAACUGUGGACAUGAGAUGCAGGCAGAGUGAAGAGAGCAAAAUCCAUAACCGUGUUUAUGCGCCGAAUGAUGUCCUGGGGGACCGGAGGAAGCUGAGUUGCAGUAAAAACAGAUCUUACAGAAACUCCUCCUCAAAACACCUUUGGUCUCACUGUCAGAGCCGGAAGAACAGCCGCACCCAGCCGUCCACCGCAAAAACAAACACAGGGAUCCAUUCUCCGUCUGAUGUCGACUUACAGUCUGCUUCCUACAAUCGGAUGGUCCCUCAGUCCUCCUCCUUCACUGAAGCUAUCAAGGCAUACAGGGAUGGACGAGACAGAAUGAGGGAGCCCAGCGCAGCAGGGAACCAGGAGCCGGGUCACCGACAGAGGCAGGAGGACACUACAGUGAGGCUCAAAGAGAAUGGACAGAAGACAGACCAACACUGUCAGAGUAAAAGGGAGGAUGCUAGGGACAAUGAAAGCUCAAGGAAAACCAUAAGAGAAGAAGAGAAACAUAAAAGUAAGGGGAAAAUUUGAGGGAAUGCAAAGACAAAAAAAUUGAAUGUAACCCAGUGUCAUGAGGGGCAACGUGUUCCUAUUUUUGCUUAAGUGGGUGUUUAUUUUGAGCAUAGCAUCCAUAGGAGGAUGGAGAAGCAGCACUUCUAGGAAGAACAUUGCCCUGUAAGGAGAUUAUCUGUGCUGAUGUUGUUCACUUUUGUUUCUGAUUGGCACAUAAAUGAGUUAUCGGAAUAGUUCUCCUGCAGUGAUGUGUCAAGAACAAUCCAGUUUCUAAGCAUAAAACAGAUAAAAUCAAGAACAUGAAUAACAGCCACACUUUACAUUUCUAAGCCCAUACCUUGAGUUUGAUCUUAUCUACCAUUUUUGUCACUUUUCACAAAACUUCCUUGAUAAAGUCCCAAUUUUUAUACAUUUUGAUAAAUUUUCAAAGUGUUUGCAGUGAUCUUUAAAGUAUGACUAUGUUGUUUUUCGCAAAAAAAAUUUAAAAAUUUGUUUCCUUUCUGGAGCGUGGCAGCAGUAGUUUAUUAGAAAAUUGUCUCUAAAAUGUGAGAGGGACAUUUGGCCUGGAGUAAGCCUACCCUAACUUCCCAUCAUUCCUUUGUUUACCCACUAGCUUACAACCCUCCCACCCCCCCAAUAUUGGAGCUAUGCAGCCAAAGAGUUCUGAGACAGAUUCAGAUCAGACGAGGAAACAAAGACGUACACGGAUGUAUUUGUCUUUAAGUGGGUCCAUCAGAAUGGAGAGGAGGACGUAGCUCAAGGCCCAUCAAAAGGAGUUUCUAAGUGACAAAUACGAUCCUUUUCAAAUAGUAUUUAUCGCCUGCUUUCGAAUGAAGUAAAACUCCAUGUAAAGUGAGAUUAAUUUUCUUUAUGUAUGUCCUCCAUCGUGACAAAAAUAUCAAAAAGAACAUGCUAAAACACCAAAAACAUGAUUUUUCUCUUGGGAUAUAGCUAUGAAAUUAAAACCAAAGAGAGAUUUCAAGCUAAUUUUUUAUCAUAGCUAAAACUAGGAGCAUUAAGAGAAAUAUUCCAUUGGUGUCCGAAGUGGGACACACUAUUACAACUUUUAUCUGUGGAGAUGUAUUCUUGUCAUCACUUAUUUUCAUUCAUACUUCCAAACUGGUUUAAGGUCAAAUUAAAUAAUUAAAGUUACAGAAUUCUGUAUUCUUUGCACACUGCAGGGAGUUUUUGGCCUGCCAAUUAUAGUUUCUAUGUCACUGCUACAAGCUUUUUCUGACUGUAUUUUUGCAUCUGUUCCUGAUUUAAAACGACUUAAAUAAAAAACUACUGAUAAA